CGGGGUCAUCGCCUUGGCUCCAAAUGUCCAAGCCCUCGUGUGUGCCCACGUGGAUCGGUCCAUUGCGGCGACUAACUCCCCCGACACUUUUGGAAAUGCCAUCGGAUCCCAUCCCCUGUGCUGCACGAGUCCACCGGUAAUUGUUUCAAUUGUUUUAAACAAACAAAAACAGGGAUGUGACCAAAUGAGCAUUGAGGCGGUGCGCAUCUCCUGUUCACAGCCUUAGCGACAGUGGGGCGGCCGGGGGCGUGACUCCACCUUCCUAUGGCGGGGGCGAGCCGGUUACGUUGAGCAACCAACCGUUGACUUCCCCACAAAGUGGCGCUCAAUCGACCCCGGAGGCAUGAUGUGCCAAGUCGCUAAUAAAAUGUAAACCAGGACAUGGUUGUGGGUGCAGGGCUCCAGCCCUGCCUCCAUCCGUUUGCCUGGCUCCGGGACUCGGGGAGUGGAGGGAGAUGGCGCCCCCUGCCGGGAGGCGGAGAGGGAUCGGCCCAGGUCCCCGCCGCUCUCGCCCGGUAGGCGGCGCCUUCAUCGCCGAUCCUCGGGGUGUGGCGGUCACCCGCUCACUUCCGCGGUCGAGCUCCGGGGUCCCAGGGUCCAGGGCUCGGGUGUCUCGGGGCGGCGACGGCGGAGGCGCGAUGGAGCCCAGAUCCCGCGGCACGCAACGCGGCGUGAGCCACAGGCCCCUGGACGCAGAGGGCACCCCGGAGUCCUCACUGUUGGGCCGCCUGGUGGCAUGGGACGUGGCCCUGACCUCCCGCCUGGCCGUGUGCGCGGGGGUCGGGUCGAAGUGGCCCUCGGGGCGGCCCCUCAUGAAGCUCAUCGAGGUCAGCGGUCACGGCAUCCCGUGGCUGGCUGGGGGCCUUCUGUGCACGUACCUUGGGCACAGCGCGGUGCAGCGACACUGGUGGAUCAACAUACUCUUCGCGCUGCUGCUGGACCUCGCGAUGGUGGGAACGGUGAAGGCUGUGGUGCGGCGACCGCGUCCUUCCCACAAUUGCAUGGACAUGUUCGCCACAGUCUCCGUUGACCAGUACUCGUUCCCGUCGGGUCAUGCCACGCGCGCCGCUAUGCUCGCGGUGCUGGCGUUCAGCGGGGCGGGCGGAGGUGCCGGGUGGAUCGGGGGGCUUGGCUGGUGGCUGGUGCUAGCCUGGGCUCUGGCCGUGGGGUUGUCGCGCGUGAUGCUCGGACGGCACCACGUAAGCGACGUGGCUUGCGGCCUGGUGCAAGGCUGGCUACAGGCCUGGCUCGUGGAGGUCAUGUGGUUGUCUGCCACCACCUGCCAGAUGCUGCUGCAAUAUGUGCAUUGGAUUUGAAUGGUUCUUUAGACUCUGCACAGUUGUUAAGUCUUGACAUCACGAGCUGAAAUAUAUUACCAGUCUUCAUUGACGAAUUUGCCCUAGCCCACUUAAUACAUUGAAUACACAACUUAUCUAUUUAUAUAAAGGGAAAUUUGUGAAUGUGUGUCUGUUUCAAAUGUUUAGAAUACUUCCCAAUAGGCAACAAACUUGAAAUUUGGCAUGUGGGUAGCUUUCAGACUGUACACAAUGCAAAAAGUAUAAAAAUAGACUUUUGUAUAUAUAUUUUUUUGGGGGGGGGGGGGGGAGCGCAAUAA